AUGGCUACCCCCACGAAGGCUCCCGCAAAGGGACCCGGGAAGAAGCAGCCCAAGACCCUCAAGAGGGAUACGAAACUCGAAAAGCGCAAGCAGCAACUGCAGACCAUCGAACAACUCGAGAAGGCCGUCGCCGACUUUGACCCCAAGAGCGAAUACAAAAACUUCUCCGACCUCCCCCUCUGCGAAGCGACCAAAAGCGGCCUGGACAAAUCCCACUUCGAGACCCUCACCGACAUCCAGUCCCGCGCCGUGCCCCUCGCCCUCAAGGGCUCCGACAUCCUCGGCGCCGCCAAGACGGGCAGCGGCAAGACGCUGGCCUUCGUCAUCCCCGUCCUGGAGAAGCUCUACCGCGCGCGAUGGACUGAAUACGAUGGCCUCGGCGCCCUCAUCAUCUCCCCAACCCGCGAGCUGGCCGCCCAGAUCUUCGAGGUCCUGCGCAAGGUCGGCCGCAACCACAACUUCUCGGCCGGCCUGGUCAUCGGCGGCAAGAGCCUGAAAGAGGAAGCCGAGCGCCUGUCCAAGAUGAACAUCCUCGUCUGCACGCCGGGCCGUAUGCUGCAGCACCUCGACCAGACAGCGGGGUUCGACGUGGAUAACCUGCAGAUCCUGGUGCUGGACGAGGCCGAUCGCAUCAUGGACAUGGGCUUCCAGUCGGCCGUCGACGCAUUGGUCGAGCAUCUCCCCGCCACGAGGCAGACGCUGCUCUUCAGCGCGACGCAAAGCAAGAAGAUCUCCGACCUGGCACGUCUGAGUCUCAAGGACCCCGAAUACGUCUCGGUGCACGAGGAAUCGACGCCCAAGAACCUGCAGCAGCACUACAUCAUCACACCGCUACACGAGAAACUCGACACCCUUUUCGGCUUCAUCAAAGCGAACCUGCGGAGCAAGAUCAUCGUCUUCUUCUCCUCGGGCAAGCAGGUCCGCUUCGCCUACGAGAGCAUGAGGCACCUGCAGCCCGGUAUCCCCCUGCUGCAUCUGCUGGGCAAGCAGAAGCAGCUGCAGCGUAUGGAGAUCACGAAGCGCUUCGCCGACGCCAACCACUCGUGUCUGUUUGCCACCGACGUCGUGGCCCGUGGUGUCGACUUCCCCGCCGUCGACUGGGUCGUCCAGGUCGACUGCCCUGAAGACGCCGACACCUACAUCCACCGCGUCGGCCGGACGGCGCGGUACGAGCGGAACGGCAAGGCGGUGCUCUUCAUGGACCCAAGCGAGGAGGCAGGCAUGCUCAAGCGUCUCGAGGCGAAGAAGGUGCCCAUCCAGAAGAUCACCGUCAAGGAGAGCAAGAAGAAGAGCAUCACGAACCAGCUGCAAAGCAUGUGCUUCCAGAACCCGGAUCUCAAGUACCUCGGCCAAAAGGCCUUCAUCAGCUACGUCCGCUCGGUCUACCUGCAGAAGGACAAGGAGGUUUUCAAGUUCGACAAGCUCGACCUCGACGCCUACGCCGCCAGCCUCGGACUCCCCGGAGCGCCGCAGAUCAAGCUGCGCAAGGGCGAGGACAUCAAGAAGGUCAAGAACGCGCCGCGCAAGGGCAUGUCGAGCGACGAGGAUUCCGACGAGGAGGACCCGGACGCGCCCAAGAAGCCCAAGAAGCCCGAGGUCAGGACAAAGUACGACCGCAUGUUCGAGCGUACGAACCAGGACGUCCUGUCUGGCCACUACACCAAGCUCGUGGCGAACGGCGACGAAGUCACGGGCGGCACGGGAGCCGCGGCCGGCGGCGGCGACGACAACGACGACUUUUUGUCCGUCAAGCGCGUCCUCGGCAACGACGAGCUCGACGCCGAAUCCGCCAACGCGCCCGGCUCCAAGGCCAAGGUCAUCUCCUACGGCGACCAGCAGUUCAUCGUCGACUCGAAGCGCCGCGAGAAGGCGCUGCAGUCCAAGAAGAAGAUGCUCAAGUUCAAGGGCCGCGGGCAGAAGCUCGUCUUCGACGAGGACGGCAACGCGCACCAGAUCUACGAGCUGCAGAACGAGGAUGACUUCGUCAAGGAGGGCCCCGCGGAGGAGCUGCGGCAAAAGUUCGUCACGAACGAGGCGGCGCGCGUCAAGGAGGCCGACAUCGACGAUAAGGCGGCCGCCAAGGAGCGCCUCAAGGAGAAGAGGCUCAAGCGCAAGGCGAGGGAGGCCGAGGAGCGCGGCGAGGGGGCGCCCAGGCUCGUCGAGGGCCCGCAGGUGGCUGGCGGCGACGACGAAGGCGAGGACCCCCUGGCGCUGCUGCGGUCGCUGCCGAUCGCCGGCGGGGCGGGCGGCGACAGCGGCAGCGAGGACGAGAGGCCCAAGAAGAAGCCCAAGAAGUGGUUCCAGGACGACUCGGACGAGGAGAGGGAGAAGAAGAAGAAGGCCAAGAAGGGCGGCAAGGUGCUCGAAAUCGACCGCGAGCCCGAGACGUUGGAGGACCUCGAGGCCCUGGCUUCCGGAUUGUUGAACUAG